AUGCCUCUGCAGGGUGGAUCGGCAGUCGGCCGCGUCCGAGAAGGCGAUGCUCCGAUAAAGUCCCGGAAAGCUUGCGUCAAUUGUCGACGGCAAAAGGCCGCUUCAUACAGUUUGUGUGAUGACACCACGUCCACCGUGCCAUUGCCAAUACCACAGCCAAAUGCACAAUUACCAGCACCCGAUCACGCCGUGCUCCGUCGGUUAAAGAGGAUCGAGGACCACAUUGGCCUGCCAGAUAUUGACGAUGAGAUCAUCGUAGAUGCUAGUGAGAGCAUCACACUCGACAGCCAGGAACCUCAAGACCCGUCGCUGGGUCCUUUGUGGCCUGCCAUUCAAGUUCUAAAAUCGAGUUGUUCCACCAACACCACCAAAGAGAUAUGGACAGAGCUGCUCAUAAAACGCUUGUGGCUUACCUUCCACGAUACCAUGCUCGGUCUGCACUUCUUACCCAGCAAACAAACUUUCUCAUCACCAACCCCUUUGCUGCUAGCUUCGAUGCUAUACUGCUCAAGCAUUCGAGGAUCCCAAGACGUUGUUAUGCUGGCACCUGAAUACUUCACUGUACUCUGCAACGCCAUCGCGCAACUUUGUAUGCCGGCGAGUGCAAUCGGCCAGGAUGCAAAGAACCCUGCGCGGGCUGAGGAGUGGGCAUUUCAGACGAUCCUAGGCAUCAUCCUUUCGGGUCUUUUGAGGGAGGGUAUCAGCAAGGAGACCGGCAUCUGGAUAUCCGUUGCUUAUCGGCUGAUUCUCGAACACUGUCCACCUAUCAUGGAUGAAAGGUCACUUGAAUGGCAGAGGCUUUUCACUGGGCUGCAGAUUGUUGAUCUCGAGCAUGCAUCCAUAUACCUAUCCUGCCCAGCGAUCCCAAUAAUUGCACCAUUCCCGCGACUUCGCAUCUCUCUGCAAGAUCAACUCUACAGACUGUCACGAAUGAUGCACACAGGCUUGACUCAUUUCACCGGGCGAGGUCUGCCAACUAUUUGGUCUUGUUUUUCUGGAGAGCUUGCAGUGGCGAUUGAUCCCGCCGUUUCCUUCAGCGAUGUCGACGCGGCGGUCAUACGAGACUGGGCACGCCAACUUGACGACUGGCUGGUCGAAUUCGGUGCCCGGAACGACGAGCCGGAAAAUGAGAGGAAACUCGUUUUUAGACAAUAUGUCCUGCAUCGCGUUCUCGUCCUCUCCAUCUACCUGCCUGCCAGGGGCAGCGACCUAUUCUCCGACACGACACCCAAGGAGCAACAUGAACUGCUCGUUUCCGCUCGGGCGGCUGUCAAACUCCAGCUCGUUGACUCUUCAAUCUGGUCUAAUUUUGACCUCGUCGUCAUUACUUGGGCUGCUCUGAUUGUCAUGCAGGGAGUCGAAGGUGGAGUAGGAGAACCUGACGAUCUAGAGAAUGUGCGAGUACACUUGGCGGGCCUCCACGAAAAGCAAAACUCGAGUCUUCACGAGUUGCUUGCCGGCUGCCUGGACCAAAAGCUGCAAGCUUUGAGCACCCCAAUAUUUGGCGACGACGGGGGCUUCCACCUUGACGGUAGUCUUGACAGGUCCUGGUACAUCUUUAACCAAUCCAGCUUACAGACUGGGUACGAACUGUUUUCUUUUGAUGGUGUGUAA